AUGGGGGUCAACCUUGCUUUUCCUGACUAUGACCAGACAGAGAAGCCUCCACUUCCCAGCGAUGAGGAGAGAAACUGGGUCAGUGAUGGCCAGCCUCAGCCUCAACAUGGAGCAGGACGCAGUCCAGACACAGUACAGACAGAUGAUGCCGACCGGCCGGCGUGGGACUCCAAAAUCCAAUAUGUGUUGGCGCAGGUGGGCUUCAGUGUGGGCCUGGGUAACGUGUGGAGAUUCCCAUACCUCUGCCAUCAAAAUGGAGGAGGAGCGUUCAUGCUACUCUAUAUUGUUCUCCUGCUGGUGAUAGGGGUUCCACUCUUUUUUAUGGAGCUGGCAGCGGGCCAGAGUAUUCGCCAGGGGAGUAUCGGCGUAUGGAAGCAUAUCUCCCCUAAGUUGGCGGGCAUCGGCUACUCCAGCUGCAUGGUCUGUUUCUAUGUGGCUCUCUACUACAAUGUUAUCAUUGCGUGGAGCCUGUUUUACUUGGGCAACUCUUUCCAGUAUCCACUGCCCUGGGAGCAGUGUCCAGUGGACAUAGCUACCAAUAACACAGUAAAGGAAUGUGCCAGCAGCUCCCCAACAUCAUAUUUCUGGUUCCGUAAGGCUCUUGACAUCACAAACUCCAUCGAUGAAUCCGGGGAGUUUAACCCCAUCAUGACUGGCUGUUUGUUGGCUGCAUGGGCGAUCGUCGCUUUGGCCAUGAUCAAAGGCAUCAAGUCUUCUGCAAAGGUGAUGUACUUCUCCUCAGUCUUUCCCUACGUGGUGCUCUUUAUAUUCCUCAUCAGGGGUUUGAUGUUGGAUGGUGCAAUGGAAGGAAUCACUUACAUGUUCUAUCCCAAAUUGGAAAUUUGGGGCGAGGUGCAAGUGUGGCGUCAAGCUGCGACUCAAGUCUUUUUUGCCCUUGGAUUGGGCUACGGUUCUGUCAUCGCCUAUUCCUCGUACAAUCCAGUCCACAACAACUGUCACAGGGACGCACUGACGGUUUCUGCCAUCAACUUCAUGACGUCUGUGCUCGCGUCCCUGGUUGUGUUUGUAGUACUGGGUUUCCGGGCCAAAAACGUUGUGAUUAACUGCGUUGCUGAAAAUCUGGGCAUCCUAAGCGACAUCGCUUCCCAUGGAUCAAACCAGCAUUGGUGGCCUUGGUUCAACAUGACGGAUCCCAGUUCAGUGACCAUCGCUGAAUACAGAGAGUGGUACGGUCACUACGGGUCCAUGCUGGGUGCAAACAUCACUGACUGUAAUCUUGAGGAGGAAAUGAACAAGGGUGUUGAAGGGACAGGCCUGGCCUUCAUAGCCUUCACUGAGGCUAUGGCCCUCUUCCCAGCCAGCCCUUUCUGGUCCACACUGUUUUUCUUAAUGCUACUCAACCUGGGCCUCAGCACCAUGUUUGGGACCAUGCAAGGAAUCCUCACACCCCUUAUGGACAAUUUUAGCCUGUUGGGACGCCACCGAACCCUGCUCACAGUAUCAAGCUGUCUUUUGGGGUUCUUGAUUGGUCUGAUAUUCACCCAGCGCUCAGGCAACUACUUUGUGGCGAUGUUUGAUGACUACUCUGCAACUCUACCGCUCAUCAUUGUAGUGGUGUUUGAGACACUGAGUGUGGCAUGGGUUUAUGGAGCUGAUCGCUUCUUGGAUGACGUUGAAGUCAUGCUCAAAUGGCGCCCUCCAGUGAUCUACAAGUACCUGUGGAAAUAUGUGUGCUUGCUGGCUAUGCUUGGCCUCCUGGCUGCCAGCAUGCUGCGCAUGGUCUUCAAAGCACCGACAUACACUACCUGGAAUCAGAGCCAAGCAUCCGAAAUGAGUCUGGAGUAUCCUUCUUGGGCUCUGGGUGUCAUUGGCAUGCUCAUCCUCUUGGCCAGUCUGCCUGUACCCAUUGGAUACAUUUAUUCCAUGAUGAAAAACCGAAACUUUCCCAGUAUGAGCCCUGAAGAGGGAGGUGGCCAGGAGAUGCACCGUGAGAGGUACACCAAGUGUGGCUCCUCUGAGCAACUGGACCACAGCUCCCCCUGUGUCCCUUCUGAGGAGGGGGACAACCGUCCCAGAGCUGCCUUCCUGGCACUGGGUAGCGACCAUUACCGGCUCCUCUCCCAACAGGAGGACCUGGAGGACGAGGAGGAGGAAGACACGGGUGUGUGA